AUGCUAUCAUCACCACUUGUUCCAACAGCGCUUCCUGAAGGGCAUACUUCAGAAAAUAGAGUUCGUCCUCAAGUAUCCGACAGAGAACCCUUGACAGUCGACGAACUAGUCCGACACCGCGCAUCCUUGCCACCAUCGCAGCAACCAGUGAUAUCAUACCCGCGGACUGGCAUCGACUAUGUAGACUAUCCGCUGCGACAACUCGAUGUCUUCGCUUUUCGAGUUGCCAAAGCCAUUGCUGCUGUGGCACCUCCGCGGGCUACUUCAGCGGAAAAGCCAGCGGUCAUUGCGCUGCUGGGACCGUCGGACCUCAACUACCUGGUCAUGCUUCUGGCCUUGACGAAGCUCGGGCACGCAGGUUUGCUUCUCUCGACGAGGAUAUCCGUCGAGGCGUAUGUGUCUCUGCUGGAGAAGACGCACGCGAAGCAUAUUUUCAUCCACAGUUCCUUCAGGGACACCGCUGGGGAGAUCAAGCAGCGGAUUCCGAACUUAUUGGUCGAUGAGAUUCCGACGCAGGAGCACUACGAUUAUCCGGUUAUGGAAGACGUCGAUACGAAUCUCAUGCCCCAGUUGGAUCCUGCGGCCGAGGCGAAGCAUAUCGCAUGGAUCAUCCACUCGAGUGGCUCGACGGGACUCCCCAAGCCGAUUUUCCAGACCCAGAGCGCCGUCAUCAAGAACUAUGCGGGCAACAUGAAUAUGACCGGGUUCAUCACACUGCCUUUGUACCAUAAUCAUGGCCUCAGCUGUCUGUUCCGCGCAGUGCACUCGUGCAAGUCGCUGCGUCUGUACAAUGCGGAGUUGCCGCUCACGAAGCAGUAUCUGCUGGAUAUUAUGCGGUCGCACGAGUUUGAGAUCUUCUAUGGAGUCCCCUAUGCUCUGAAACUUCUCGCCGAAUCGGACGAAGGUAUUGCUGUCCUGGCCAAGCUGAAAGCAGUCAUGUUUGGGGGUUCUGCUUGUCCUGAUUCGCUGGGAGAUCGCCUUGUUGAGAAUGGAGUCAACCUGAUCAGUCACUAUGGAACAACGGAAACGGGCCAAUUGAUGACCUCUUUCCGACCACCGGGAGACAAAGAAUGGGACUGGGUGCGGCCUUCGGAGCAGGUCAAGAAGUAUCUGGCAUUCGAGGAGCGUUAUCCGGGGAUCUUUGAGCUGAUCGUCCUCGACGGCUGGCCUUCAAAGGUUUUGUCUAACCGACCGGAUGGUUCUUACGCUACAAAGGACCUCUUUCUCAAGCAUCCCACCAUGGAAGCGUACAAGUACUACGCUCGACUGGACGACACGAUUGUCCUCGUCAAUGGCGAAAAGGUCAAUCCGCUGGACAUGGAGGGCCGAGUCAGACAGCAUGAUGCGGUCUCUGAAGCCGUUGUCUUUGGAACUGGAAAGGCGUGUAUCGGACUGGUGGUUAUUCGUGCGCCUGGCACCGAGGCUAUAUCCGACGAGGAACUAAUUGAAGCCAUCUGGGCUGCUGUUACACGGGCCAACGAGACAAUGCCUGCGUUUGGUCAGCUUUCAAAGAGCAUGGUUCGAAUACUACCAGCCGACACGCAAUACCCUCGGACGGACAAGGGAACGGUCAUCAGACAGGCUUUCUAUCGGGCCUUCAGCAAUUUAAUUGAGGAGGCAUACGAGGCAGAGGAUGCGUCGACUGGGACUUUGACUCUUUCAGAAGCCGAGUUGAAGGACUUUCUCAGAGAGCAGCUUCAGGGCUUGUUGCCACUGAAAAAGGGUCAGGGGUUGACUGACGAUGCAGACUUCUUCACCCUCGGGAUGGAUUCCCUGCAGGCUACACAGUUGCGAUCUGUUCUUCUGAAGACGCUGGACACAAAAGGGCAGAAACUAGGAUUGAACGUUGCGUUCGAGCAUCCUACAAUCAACGCAUUGGCUCGUUAUCUGAAUGGCCUUAGUUCUGGGGUCUCUGAAGGUGCCGUGCCUGUCGAGGAGCAAAUGACUGCCCUCAUUGCAAAAUACAGCCAGUUCGAGCAACACAGGCCUGUUCCGAAUGGGCUGAACGGAAGAUAUAUUGUUGUUACGGGCGCCACUGGGUCCCUUGGAAGUCAUGUCGCCGUGAAGGUCUCCGCACUCGAAGACGUCCAAAAGGUGUACUGCCUUGUGCGUGCCAGCUCAACAAUCGAGGCCUACGACCGCCUGCUCAAAUCACUGCGAGCCCGAAAUGUCUACGCCGCCAUGUCCGAUACUGCCCGCAGCAAGCUCGUCGCUCUCCCAUCCGAUCUCUCGCAUCCCACGCUGGGCCUCGACUCAUCAACAUACUAUACCAUCACUUCAGAACUCACCGACAUCAUCCACUGCGCUUGGUCCGUCAACUUCAACAUGCAACUAAGCAGCUUCGAAAAAGACAGCAUCGCCGGCGUCAAGCACCUCAUCGACCUCUGCCUCAAAGCCCAGCGCCCCACCCCCGCAACCUUCAACUUCUGCUCCUCCGCCAGCACCGUCUUCAACACAGCCGGCCCAGACAUCCCCGAAGCCCUCCCAAAGAGCCUCACCUUCGCCCAGCACAUGGGCUACGCACAGUCCAAGCUCGUCGGCGAACACAUCUGCACCCACGCCGCGCAGCAGACCGGCAUCCGCGCGCGCGUCCUCCGCAUCGGCCAGGUCAUCGGCGACCAGACCCACGGCAUCUGGAACCCCACCGAAGCCAUCCCCCUCAUGCUGCAGUGCGCAAAGACCAUCGGCGCUCUCCCUGCCCUCGACGAGUCCCCGCUCUGGCUCCCUGUCGACACAGUCGCGGGUACCGUCGUCGACAUCUCCCUCUCUGACCAAUCCGCCGUACAGGCAGAACAGGUCUUCAACAUCGUCAGCCCGCAUCCUUUCCAUUGGACACGGGAUCUGCUGCCGUAUCUGCGCGCCGCGGGCCUCGAGUUCGAGGUGCUGGAGCAGCGGGCUUGGGUGGCGCGGCUGAGACAGUCGAACCCUGACCCCGCGGUUAACCCGCCUAUCAAGCUGGUGGAGUUCUUUGCGAGCAAGUAUGACACGGACAAGCCGCGGCGGGUGCUGGAGUGGCACACGGAGAAGGCAAGGGAGGUCUCGCGCACGUUGGCGGAGUCGAGGCCGUUGAGUCAGGAGCUGGUGGGCAAGAUUGUGGAGUAUUUUUGCAAGGAGUGUUGGUGA